AUGUUGCAGUUUAGAACAUAUAUACCUCAAGACCCUGGCCUGCGGCGCUAUUGUAAGCCAGAUGAUGCUGAACACCAGCUGAAAAAUGUAAUAGAUAGCGAAAUAGAGCAUGCCCUGGAAGAGGCUGACAAUCAGGACUUUUAUAAGCUCAUCAAGCCCGCCGCCGAGAACGCGGACUUGAAGCGGGACUUGAAGGCCGCACUGAAGAGUUUAGACGGCAAGACUCAAAAAAAGCUCCAACAAUUGCGGCGCGCAGCAUCCUAG